UAGUAAGUACGUGUGACUCGCAGUGUUCUCAAUACCUCACACCACCUUUAUCUUACUAACCCAUAAGGAACAAACUCCUACACUACGGUAUUUUCAUCUCUAUUUUUAAGAUAUGGCUCAUUCGAUCAAUGAGUGAUUUGACUGCAUGAUCCGAAAAUCAAUUGGACUGAAUCAUUAACCUGUGGCUCCAGGUAACAUGGUCAGGUAGAUACCUCGCAUUGCUUUCCACCAGGUGAGAUUCAACGCAUUAAUCAUGAAGUGAAGACAAAGAAAGGGAAAUUGGCAUUCUCUUUGGUAACGACCACAUCAUGAAAAAGGAUCGCGGCUACGGAUUGGAUCGAUAGAAGAAUAAAUAAGCCCGAGGGUACAAGAGUCGAGCAUUAACCACCUUGGGGCUUUAACAAGUCAACAACCAUCCUCGACAUGGAGUUAGAAAGAGCAUGUAAAGCUUUUCAGCAUUGAUGUGAAAUUUGCCAUUCUUACAAAAUUUUACCACCAACCAUGGGAUCAACAACUCAAGUCCCAGUCAAAGGAGACCAAAAUUUGGGUCAUGCUGCACUCGCGGCGUGGGUGGGUCGGGACCGCCUGAGACCAACUCAUCUCCGUGCUACCAUAACCAGGCUGCUGGAUCAAGAGUGUGAGGAAUGGGAACCUCUCACAUUCAGCUACGUCACGGGACAGGGUGGAGAGGUGGAUGUAGGGGCCCGUAAUGGUGAGGUCCAGUGGCUGAGGGAGGCGUGUGGUCGGCUAGGGUGGGCAUCUGAGACUCGGUUCAUCGCUGCGGCACUCCUAGACCGUCUGCUGCACCGCGUCAGGAUCCCCCCUCGCUACCUACACGCUGUCGCCGCCGCUGCCGUGUUCCUUGCUGCCAAGAUCCACGAGGAAGAUGAGAAUGUACCAGCAACAAUAGAGGUGGUCGAGCUGGGAGGUAUGAAGUGCUCACACCGGGAGCUGCUGCGUAUGGAGCGGGUGUUGCUGGACAAGCUGUCGUGGCAUCUACAGUCAACCUCCGCCCUAGAUUUCCUUCAGGUCCUCCAUGCCCUCGCUAUCGUCACGGCUCCCAAACACCAACAGUCUAACAGGAGUGGGUCACCAACACGUCAGCUGAGCUACCUCACUGAACGACUGUGGCGAGUGGUGUGUUCUAGCCGUAGUGGGAGUGUGAGACCCUCCCUCUUGAGUCUGGCACUGCUCUCCAUUGAAUUGGAUGCUUCCACCCCUGAACCAGGCUUGAUGCUCUGGCUCCAGGCCCUCACCCAGGUGGGUGACGAUGAGCUGGCCAGUGCUCGAGAGUUGGUACAGGAACUCUUGGGAGAGGAGCCAUACCAGAUGCCACAGGUUCCCCACAACACCUCCCCAAAGAACACCCAACACGUUCCUCCUUCACGGCCAAACAAACGAAAGGUGGCUCAGUCGCUGGAGCCGGAAGAUGAUGUGUAUGUGGAUAUUAAGAAACUCUAUGCUUAUGAAAAGAUUAGAAAUACAACUGUUACUCCUGUGAAGGAUCCGUCGUACAGUCAAGAGGAAUUAGACGAGACUUACAUCGAUAUUCGUCACCUUUACUCUUCACCUGCUCCAGUUCAUGAUGACUCUCUCCCUUCAACUCAAGUGUCAUCCAGCAAGACUCCUAACACCAAGAAGAACAAUAGCUCAAAGAAAAAGAAGAAGAAAAUGAAGCCAACUUUCAAAGCCAAGGCAUCGGUUAGGAGCUCUCUUAAACAGGCACUUAAAAUCCCCUGUAAAAUUUCGUUGAUUGCGACCAAGAAGAUAUUUGAGGAACCUUGUGAAGAAGACGAGGAAGAGGAAGAUAUUGAUAUGGAAUAUGAGGAUAACAGCCAGGAUUGGGAAGGACCGCUCGUAGAACCAGUUGGAUUACUCAAGUCUCCCGUCUUUUCCCCCACCAGCCCAGAGUUUCCUGAUAUUCGUCACCUAGUUGUUAAGAAAGAAGACAUGUGUUGGCACCAGCAAGCUCAAGAAGUUGCUGAACAAGUGUAUCGACCAUUGACUUACGCCCAAGUGUUACGUCUUCAUCUCACUCCCUUCACUCGAGCCCUUGGUGUAUAGUGUGUCCCACCCCAAUAAACUAGCCAGUGACGUGUUACAGGGAUAAUUCAGGGCUUGACAUUAAUUUUUUAAUAUGCAAUGCAGUACAGUACUAGUCCACUCAGGCAGCAAGUGACUUUAGUUAUUCUUUUCUUCAAGCUAAUUACUUUUUGCCUUGUUGGUUUUUUUUUUUUUUUUUUAAUGUUAAUAAAUAAAAGGAAAUAUUUUUAAAGAAUUUUAGUUUAAUAUUUCUAUUUUAUUUUUUAAAAUUUUAAUGGAGUAAAACAUAAAAUUUCCAUAUAAUGUAACAAUAAAACGUUGUACUGUAUUAUGGAAUUACAGUACUGUAUUGAAAUAUUCUUUCAGCCAGUUGAAGAAACAAAUUUUAAGUUUCAGUUUCCUGGAUUAGGUGUUUACCUGUUGUGGGAAACUAAUCUUAGUGUCAAUCCUGCAAUUAAGUAAUGAGUGUUUCCCACAAACCCUACUGUGGGAGAAGCUCAGUACUGUAGUCAUGUCGUUGGGAGAAUUUUCCUGAUCAUAGCCACUUGAGUACUGAUACAUUGUCUCAUGUAAAUUCAUUGGUAUAUACUUGUAGUGUAUGUGAUUAAGAAUGUUGUUUGAGCAAUGUGACUUAACCUAAACCACUGCCACAGGACCUCAGGUGGCAGUCAGUACUAUUAUGCUUCUCUGUAAACCUAAAACAAAAAUUAUCCAAAAAAAUGUUCCUUGUGUACAGUAUAGGUACUAUAGAGGCACUGAUUACAAUUCACAAACAAUAAUAAUGUUCUCUUUCUUUCAUAGAUAGCAAAGCUGUCAGUAAAAGGUCUUCUACUUAUAGAGAAUAUUUAGAACGAAACUACUUUUCCCUUCACUGAAAACCAUUUAUCGAAUAACAAACAUGUGUAGCACAAGUGAUUUAUAGGAAUUACUGGUAUUCAGAUAUUUGUUUUGGAUAAAUUUUAACAAAUGUUUGACAGCAAACUAUAUCUUAUUAUAAUUAAUGGAAAUUAAUGCUAAGAAAGAUUGAGCAGUUCUAAGUCCUUCACAAAACAAACAGUUCAAUGUAUGGUUAAACUGUUAAGGUGAACACAAACCAACUCCAUUGUGCUGAAGAGUUGUAAAUAGGGUACAUUUAUGGUAAGCCCAUAAUAUUUUUAAGUGUGUUGAGAUCACGAAACAUAAGAUUUGGUAAAUUUGGGUCUCUGUCUGUAGAAGGCAUCCCAGACACCUAUGUGUAAGUACCCCUGGACAGAUGGAUGUGGCCAUUAUUGUCCAAAACAGUGGGAGAAAACACUGAUUAAUUAAAAUUCAGAGAAAUUGUUGGGUUAUACUCCAAUGUUUCAUUGAGAUAUGGUUUCUGUUUGUUCAAGUUAUUGUACUCAUGGCAUGCUAACAUAUACUGUAGCUACCAUGAGUUUAUCAAAUUAAUACAUCGGGACCCCAGAAAAACUUAUAAUGUACAAAAUCAAUCUUAGCAGUCAUAGAACAGACCAAAAUGAUGGUAAGAUUGGUAAAGGUAGAGCUUAUAAUUCUAUUACCAUAUUUAGCUUUUUUUCGCUUUUAAAUGUUCUAGAACAAGGAAAUGACUGAUCCGUGAAAUGAAAGCUUCUCAUAUUUAUUAAUUUAUUUUAUUAUUCAAGAAGCAAAGGAACAUUGUGCUGCACACUGCAUUCCACUAUAAUUCACAGUGUUGUACAUCUUAUUUAAAGAUCCUUCAUGCAAGUCUUUUCAUUCAUUACAUUUCUUUGUCCAUUAUCACCUGGUGCUUUAUAACUUAUUUUAUUUCCUAUUAUUGUAUACACCAAAAGAGAAGUUUAUUUGAAUUAACAAACAAGGCUACUGUAUUUUUAUCAGUAAGAGGCUAAUGUGGUGUUCACUAUUGUAGAUGUUCUCUGAAGACAGUAAGAACUCCCCAGUUAAUAUAUCUGCUAUGCAGACUACUAGUGUAAGACAAGUAUGGUACUUAGACAUUUAUAGUCCUAAUUUACCCUUCAAUAUUCUGUUUAGUAAAAAAUCUCAUUUCGGCCAAAGUAGCUAAUACAGUACUGUAGUAACCUUCAUCAGUAUUUCCAGCACACAAAGUAUUUUGAAUUUAUAAUAAUACAGAUAAUAUUAGCACAGUUCAAUUAAAGCCUGGCCUACUAUCAGCUGAGAGUUGCCUUUUGUUCCACAUGGUACUGUACUGUACAGUCUACUGGUUCUCACUACGGUUGUGUUGCUCUAUUAGUGGGUUUUGUAAUUCAUAUAGAGAAGAGCUUAAAAUAACUUUCCGGCAUAUCAUGACUAAAAUAUUGUGUGGCAGUAUUCUUUUUUUUAAAUUGUCGGUGUUUUUUUCAUGUGUACUAUCACCACUUGCAUGUGGAACUUUACAAGACUCAAACAAUAGAAGUUAUAUCAUAUAAGAAUUAAAAUUUUAUGUAAUGCACAACAUGUAGUUAAGUACUUUCACCUUUGCUGCACAAGUACUGUAUGAGGUAAACCUUGGACAAUAGAAGAAUCAAGUCAGUUAAUUUUUUUUUAGUUUAACAUAUUUAUUCCUCAAAUAAUAUUUCUUUUAUUGGGUAAGAUACGAGUACAGUAUGCUAAGGUUGAUACAACAGUUCUGUUUGCUCUAAUCAGAUACUGGAGCCCCUUAUUAUCUGUAGUACCGGUGACAAAUAUCUAGUGAGAGCAUUUAUAUAUACAGUACAGGUAGUAGAAAUCUGGAAUAUUAUUACUGCCUUGUGUUUACUCUGUUCUUGUAGUUUUACAAAGUUAAUCCCAAGAUGACCGAGAGUCUAUGGGAAGGUGGUAAAAAUUAGGUGUAGUCCGAGACAGACGAAUGUGAAAGUGUGUUUGCUGAUGUAGUCUACUUACUUUAUGUUUUGUUCAAAGGAAACCCUUCUUUAUGUAGGAGCCUUAUAUUCUCUUGAUGGCUAAUCAUAUCUCUUAUAUUUUUGUAGGCUUGUUGAGUUCCUUAUGCUGUUUUUGCUCAAGAGAACAAAGUCUAAACACUUUGACCUUUGCUAGUCGAUGAACAAGCAUUCUUUAUAGAUCUUUAUUAGGAUAUUCUGUAAACCGGCAGGUAUUCAAAGGAAACUGGGUGCUGAGCUGUUAAUGAGUUCUGUGAUUAGAUUGUACAGAAAAUGAUUAAUUCAUUGUAGUACUGUAUGUCUGAUUCAUAAAUGCAUUAUUAUGUUUUAACACUUUUUGUAUAAGAGACUUAAGUCAUGUGCUAGUUAUUGAUCAGUUGUAAUGAUCGUUUGAAGCAAUGAAUGUGCAUCGUGUUCUGUGAUAAGAAUGGGUGAUCUUGUGCAAGGAGCAGAAUUAUCAUGGAGAGGAUGAAAAGACAAGUAAAGAAAUGUAAAAUUGACCCAUAAUUUGCCUGUGCAGCUUCUAAGUAACAUUAAAGUAAUCUGUCAAGACAAGAUUUCUAUAUAUUAUUAGAGUAUUAUACUUGUUACAUAUAUUAUGAAGAACAGAAUGCUACUUGCAAUAAAUAAUUAAGUAAUUUGUGUGAAUUUUUUGACAUCCAGGAGUACAGUAUACACAUUAUGUAGCAGAAUCAAUGUUGGUAGCUACUAUAAGACUGCAUAUUAGUGUAAGAUAAAAAAAAGCAAAUAUUGCCUUCUGCCUCAGUACUUGAGGAAUUGAUUGUUGUUGGAUCGUACAAGGAACUGAAGCCAAAGCCAUUUUUACUAUGCUCGGCAAGUGUUGGUACCACUGUAUUUUCGUGUUAUACCUUUAUAUAUUGUAAUUUAUAAUUUUAGGUUGAUUUUUCAUUUAUUGUUGUUAAUGUAUAUUUUUAGUUUACCCUUUAUUCACAGGUUAAAGGGACUUGAGUCCUCAUGGCUGUGGAACUAUAUUCAAAAGGUGUUUUCUCUGUCUCUUCCCACAAAGCAUUAUCUUUUUGUGUUUACUUUUCCCACACUAGUUACCAACAGAUACUGUAGUAUACCCUUGUCUGCUAUGUCUGAAUAUUAUGAUCUCCAUUCAUGAGAAAAGUACAAAAAAAAAAAGAAAUCUCAUUGUUAUGUAAAAACAUAUUUAUCAAGAAAUUUUGAUUUCAUAUUCUACUUACCAGUAUAUAAGGUAAUUGUGUAGGUGUUUUGCUUUUAAUGAACUAAUCAUAAGAGGAAGAUAUGAUUUUGUAAUUGGAUUAAGGUAAACAUAUUUUACAAACAUUUAGAAAUUUGUAAUAGGGUAGAUGGACGAUCUCUAUGAUGCGAUAUAUAUUUAUAAGAAGGGAAUAUGAUGUUUACUUUUAUAUUGUACCGAACAAAUUAGAUGUUAACUUUGUAUGAGGAACACAGCGUCUGAUUGCUAAACAUGUACAUAUACAACUAUACUGAUGUACUUGUAACAACAGCUAUUAUAAAAAUAUUUAAUUGGCUCAAAGCUUAUUUUUGAUGUUAGUCAUUGAUAUUAACUCAUGAAUAAAUGAGAAUAUAGAUAUAAGAUCAU